AUGACUUACAAAAACACUGCCAGAGACGCUCCCUAUGCAUCAACUUGCAAGGACCACGACGAAUACUUGCAGACUGCAAGGCAUCAGUCGCCAUGGUGUGCAGUGCCGGGUUUUCAGUUUGAAACCAUGUCCUUUGACAUGAUGCAUUUGGUUUACUUGGGCAUAGCCAAAAACCACAUCCCAUCUUGCCUCAAAAUCUUGAAGCUUUACGGGUACCACUAUGAAGGAGGGGAGUCUGAUGAAAAGUUCCUCAGGUUCAAAGCUGCCCACAUUCGGGUUAUGGUUUGGUGGAUUGCCCACAAAGACAACCUUGUCCUCCAGCUGCUGAACCUCUGCUGCCACUCCUUGGCCAAAGCGCAGGCUUUGAUGGAUGAUGCUGGUUUAAUCUUGAACCCAGACGAAGCCAGUGAAAUUUCACGGAUGCUGCACCAACACCUUCGGUCAACUGAAUUCUUGGCGUCGUGGUGUUGGAGUAAUUCAGUUAUGGCCUUCAAAAUGAGGCCAAAGCACCACUACCUGUGGCAUGUUGCCAUGGAUGUGUUGACUACAAGGGUGAACCCACGAAUUCACCACGUAUGGUCAGAUGAAAAGUUUUUAGGUUCCAUAAAAAAAAACAGCGUGCCGUUGCCACGGCAGUACGGUCCAAAAAAGGACUAUAGAGCGGUACCUAGUUGCCCUCUCAGGCUACAUGGCCAAAAUGGUUUAAUGGCGUCAGUACUCCAGAAAGAAAGUUUAACAAGACUUCAAUCCAUACGCAUUUGGGUAAACACCAUUCAAAAAAUAACCACCAAAAAAAUCUCAGUAUUUGUGAUGUUUACUAUAUAG